GCUAGUUGCAAACCGAAAACCACAAUGGCAAGCGCAGCAACAUCCGUAGCUAUUGUUCUUAUUGUGCUCGCCGGCGUGUCCUCCGGCCUCCCUGCCACCUAUGCUGACACCAACGUGGCCGCCCGGAUGUGCCUGAAGACCACGAACCCCAUGCUGUGCAUGGUCAUUCUGAAGGUCAACCCAAAGAGCGCCUACGCCUCCACGGAGCAGGACGUCGGCAGCGUCGCGCUGCAGAUCGCGAGUCACACCGCUGAGUACAACGUCGGGGUCAUCAACAACCUAAACAAGGGCAGCCUAGGCAAGCCCGAGGGAGGCGCGCUGGCGCAAUGCCUCUGGGCCUAUCAGGACGCCGACAACAAUCUCAAACACAACGCCCGAACCGGUUUCGACCGUGGGGACUACGUCGUUGCGAUGGCUCUCGUUUCGGGCGCCUAGAUCGUCGGGGAUAUCUGCGAGAAUGCGUUCAAGAUGAUCGGCAAGAACUCCCCCGUGUCAAAGAUAGAUCGCCAGAUGACUGAGCGAUGUGGCGUCGCGGCGGAACUCAUUGGCCUGCUUACCCACAAGUGAUCGAUCCUAUAUAAAUCUUGGCUCAUAUGUGUGCGCUCCCUUCAAUAAUUAGUGAGUUGUUCAU